UCUGCGGUCACACCAACGCCAAGGUACGUGUCCAAAAUCAUGAAUCGAAAGUAAAUCAACAAUGCUGUUGCUGCGAAACGUAAAUAAUCGCUAAACUCGUGAAAUCGGCCAGUGUAAAUCCCAGGUACACCGUCCAGUUUAAAAUUCAGAUGCACUUCGUCGGCGAAACGGAGAACAACUGUGCACGCAACAACAACAACGACAGCAACAGCGGAGAGCGCCAGCAACAGCAACAGUCACAAAAAUAGCAACAUCUACAAAAACACAAUGACCAUACACACAGUGCAGCGAAGUCUUUGGGCAUCCUGCCUGAUAGUCUCCAUCCUGCUCCUCUACUGGACGGACUCCACGCGAGGAUACUUCGCCGCCAUCGAUGAGGCCAAGACCAGCAAAAACUGCUUCUGCGAGUUGGAGGGAUCUAUAAACGACUGCAGCUGCGAUGUGGACACCGUGGACCACUUUAACAACAUGAAGAUCUUUCCGCGGCUGCAAAGUCUGCUGGUGAAGAACUUCUUCCGCUUCUACAAGGUGAACCUAAGACAGGAGUGUCCUUUCUGGCCGGACGACAGUCGCUGUGCGAUCCGCUUCUGCCAGGUGGAAAACUGUGAGGAGCAGGCGAUUCCCCAGGGCAUCAAGGACAAGGGCGAGCACAAGGAGAAGGCCGCGUUUAAGUAUACGCGGGAGGCACAGGUGGAGGGUGGAGCCUGCUCGGAUGGAGAAGAUUUCGACAGUUCCCUGGGAUUCCUGGACACGAGUAUCAGUGACCAGGCGCACAGGGAAUUCGAGCUGUGGGCAAAGCACGACGAAGCGGAGGAAGACUUUUGCAUUGUGGACGACCACGAGGAGGGCUCCCAGUAUGUGGAUCUGCUCUUGAAUCCCGAGCGGUACACCGGCUAUCGCGGAGAGUCGGCGCACCGCAUCUGGAAGAGCAUCUAUCUGGAGAACUGCUUCGGAGGGAACAACGAGACGGCUAAUAAGUUCUCCAGCUAUGUACCCCACAUGGAUCUGCGGGACGUGUGCUUGGAACAGCGUGCCUUUUACCGCAUUAUCUCUGGCCUCCACUCUAGCAUCAACAUCCAUCUGUGCUCCAAGUAUCUCCUGUCCGAAUCGAAGGACUUCCUCGAUCCGCAGGGCAUCUGGGGUCCGAACGCCAAUGAAUUUAAGAAGCGCUUCAGUCCGGAAACAACAGGCGGCGAGGGUCCACAUUGGCUGCGAAAUCUCUAUUUCAUCUACUUAGUGGAACUCCGUGCCCUAGCCAAGGCUGCUCCCUAUCUGCGUCGCGAGGAUUAUUACACGGGCAUUGCCGAGGAGGAUGAGGAGGUCAAGCUGGCCAUCAAUGAUAUGCUAAGUGUUGUAGAAAAUUUCCAAUCGCACUUUGACGAGAACGCACUUUUCAGCAGCGGCAUCGCCUCCAUUAAGUUCAAGCACGACUACAAGGAGAAGUUCCGCAACAUAUCUCGCAUUAUGAGCUGCGUUGGCUGCGACAAGUGCAAGCUGUGGGGCAAGCUGCAAACCCAGGGAUUGGGCACAGCUCUUAAGAUCCUCUACUCGGAGAAACUUAACCUGGCUACGGAAAGCGGGCUGUGGGACAAGCCGCACAUCGAAGCGGAUCCCAUCUUCAGGCUGUCGCGUACAGAGAUUGUAGCUCUGUUUAAUGCUUUUGGCAGAUUAUCUAACAGUAUAUAUGAGAUGGAGAACUUCCGGCGAGUACUGAGGUAACACAGUCAACCUGGACUAACCGAGCGACGUUCCGGAUCCCAUUCGAUUCACAGGAGCUGCUCUGCCCGGCCGCUCCACCUACUAGUUAAUUCAUACGCACAUCGCUGGGGCUGCAUAUUGGGCAUCCUCCUGAAUGUGGUUCCCCUUCCAUAGUUCUUAACACAUGACCGGCCAGAGGCUAGCAACCCCAGGAUAGCUGCUUCCCUGUACAUAUAAACUAUUACCCCUAGGCUACUUGUACUUUAGGGCACCGUAUCACCCUCAAAAAAAAGGAAACCAAAUGACAAAAAAAUAGCCUAGGAAGGAUGCAGGUGUUUAUUAUAAGUUAGAAUAGUAUUUAUUUUACCUGGAGGAGCUUGUAAGCAGAACUUAAUGAGAAAGUAAUCGCACUGUGCAAUAACUCGACCUUACGACACAAGGAUUAAAAAUAAAACGUGCAGUCAUAUGUUUCUGUUCGAAAA